UCUUGAUCAUUGAUUAUUAAAUUGUCGCGAAUUGGUCGUCGUCGAGUCAAUACGUGAUAACUUAAAAAUAACCUCCUGAUUGUUGCCUUUGUUUGGAUCGCGUUUUUGAGUGUUUCGUGAGUGCUUGCUGCUCUCUUAUUUAUCCUGAUCCUCCGAGACCUGAUGAGGGAUUCCAGUUUGGAAGGAGUUUCGGAUUAUCAAAGGUGGCAUCAUCUGUUUCGGGCAAUGCACGAAAAAGACCUACCCAGCAGUUCAGUUCGAACCGUUGCUUCGAGAAUAGUACGUCGCGCUGAAAAUGUAAAUCUACCUUUAAACGGCGUCGAAUAUGUCGCCUUUGGACCUCUGGAUUUGGUUACCACCAUCUAACUUCUGGAAUGGUGGUUUGGAUACCAGGAGUAAAACUUGCCGAAACCAGAAGAACUGUGAUAGUUUAAAUGAUUCGGUACUAGGAUGGACUGUUAGACGCUUAAGACGGACACUUUCGCGGUCGAGUACUGAUAGAGCCCGCUUUUUGUGGUUUUUCGGUUUUUUAGUGUUGUUUUUAUUAUUGAGGGUGUGUGACGGCGCCAAAAUCAAACAUGCCUACGGGGGCAGCGGCAGCUACCUGAUGAGCAACACUUACCCCCAAAUGAGGAAAGAUAUCUUAAGCAAAGAGGACGACUUUGUUGCCAAAGGCAAAAUUUGCAUUGGAACGAAUGGACGGAUGUCGGUGCCAUCAAACCGAGAUCAUCACUACCGGAACCUGAAAGACCGUUUCACCAACUGCACUUAUGUGGAUGGAAAUUUGGAGCUCACAUGGUUGCAAGACAGCAAUCUGGAUCUGAGUUUUCUGCAGUACAUCAGAGAAGUGACCGGUUAUGUUCUAAUAUCUCACGUGGAUAUCAAGAAGAUUGUUUUGCCAAAAUUGCAAAUAAUCAGAGGACGGACGUUGUUUAAAAUGCACGAGGAUGACUACGCGUUGGUGAUAACUCUGAAUAAAAUGUAUUCAGUAGAGCUUCCUGCACUGCGAGAUAUUUUGACUGGAAGCGUCGGUAUAAUCAACAAUUACAACCUCUGCCACAUCAAGACCAUUGACUGGAAAGAAAUAAUAUCAGAUCCAAAGGGCAAGGAUGUUUAUGUGUACAAUUUUACCUCCAGUGAAAGAGAGUGCACUGCCUGUGAUAUAAGCUGUCCGAGAGGAUGUUGGGGCGAUGGAUACGAAAACUGCCAGAAAUUCUCCAAGACGACAUGCAGCCCCCAGUGUGCGGAAGGGCGAUGUUUUGGGCCCAACCCCAGAGAAUGCUGCCACCUAUUUUGCGCUGGAGGGUGCACUGGUCCUCGUCAAAGCGACUGCAUUGCCUGCAAGAACUUCUACGAUGAAGGUGUUUGCACAAACGACUGUCCCUCAAUGAAAAUCUACAACCCCACCACCUACUCUUGGGAGGUCAACCCGAAUGGGAAAUAUGCCUACGGAGCCACCUGUGUGAAAAAAUGUCCAGAACAUCUUCUAAAAGACAGCGGCGCUUGUGUUCGAAGCUGUCCAUCCAACAAAAAGACACAGGAUGGAGAAUGCGUACCUUGUGACGGCCCUUGUCCCAAAACUUGCUUCGGGGACACCACUGUACAUUCUGGAAAUAUCGACUCUUUUCGCGGAUGCACCGUCAUUGAAGGAUAUUUAAACAUCUUGGAGAACAGCUUCAGAGGCUUCCAGCACGUGUUUCCUAACUUUACCUUCGGAGACCGAUACUCGGAGAUGCAUCCAGACAGACUGGAAGUCUUCAGCACCCUGAAAGAGCUCACCGGCUACCUGAACAUCCAGGCUUAUCACGACAAAUUCAGAAACCUUUCCUACUUCCGCAAUCUGGAAAUCAUUCAUGGCCGAGUUGUGCAUGAAUACUCGUCAUCUUUAUACAUCGUGAAAACCUCUCUGGAAUCUCUGGAACUGAAGUCACUGAAGAAGAUCAACAUGGGAACAGUGGCAAUUUUGGAAAACAAGCAUCUGUGCUUUGCAGAGGCGAUCAAUUGGGAUCGGAUUAGAAAGAGCCACGAGCAUUCGCUAAUGUUGUCCAACAAUAGCGAUCCGAAAAUGUGCAAAGCUAAAGGUUUGGUUUGUGAUGAUCAAUGUAACACGGAUGGCUGUUGGGGUCCGGGAUCUGAUCACUGUUUGGCUUGCGCCAAUUACAAGCUGGGCAGCAGAUGCUUGCAGAAUUGUACCAUUGAACCUGGAAUUUACCGAGCAGACAAUCGCGAAUGCAAACCUUGCAAUCCGCAAUGCGGUUCUUCUUGCCAUGGUCCGGGCCCAGACCACUGCACCACCUGUAAGAACUUCAAAGAUGGUCCAUUCUGUGUUGAGAAAUGUCCCACGAACAAGUAUUCCGAAAAUGGAAUCUGCAGACCAUGCCACAGUACCUGCGUUGAUGGAUGCACUGGUCCGAAAAAUACCGUGGGUCCAGGCGGAUGCACAUCUUGCGAACUGGCAAUUAUGAAUGAAAAUGCAACUGUCGACGUCUGCCUGCACCAAAACGACACUUGCCCAGAUGGAUACUACUUCGAAUAUGUGGCACCACAAGUUCAGGAAGAAUCCUCAUUGAAAAGCCUGAGCGCCAUUUGCAGAAAGUGCCAUCCCAGAUGCAAAAAGUGCACUGGCUAUGGAUUUCAUGAGCUGAUCUGCCAAGAAUGCACCAACUUUAAGAAAGGCGAGCAGUGCGAAGAUGAAUGCACUUUGGAUCACUAUCCAGACAUUGCGACGCAUGUGUGCAUUGCGUGCGAUCCAGAGUGUCGCGGAUGCACUGGGCCUGGACCGGAAAAUUGCAUGGUCUGCCACAACUUCAAGCUGUAUGAGGAUGGCUGGAUUGACUCGAACAACAGCUUCAGAUGUGUCACCACAUGCCCGCCAGACUUUCCACAUAGAAUCUUUCCCGAAAAUUCGGAAUCCUACUGCUCUGAUAAACCAGAAAGCUUUCCAUUGAUGUCCGCCAAGAGCUCGACUUAUGUUGUCGUUAUAUCAGUGUGCAUUCUUGGGGGAGUGCUCGUAAUCGUUAUACUGGUAGUUGUUCUGGUGUACUGCCAAAGAAAAGAGAAAAUCAAGGAAACUGCUAUGAAAAUGACCAUGGCGAUGGCCCUAAAUAACAUCGAUGAUAACGAGCCGCUUCGACCAAGCAAUGUGCUACCGAAUGCCGCCCACCUAAGAAUGAUCAAGGAAACUGAAAUACGCCGCGGAAGCACUUUGGGCUUUGGAGCUUUCGGAGUGGUCUACAAAGGCGUCUGGGCGGUCGAUGGCGAAAACUCAUCGAAAAUACCCGUCGCCAUCAAAGUCCUGCGAAACGACACAACGACGAACAACAGCAAAGAAUUCCUAUCGGAAGCAUACAUAAUGGCCAGCGUGGACCAUCCAAAUUUAUUGAAACUGUUGGGGGUUUGCAUGGCUUCGCAAAUGAUGCUCAUCACUCAGCUGAUGCCUCUUGGCUGCCUUCUGGACUUUGUCAGGAAGAAUCAUGAUAAAAUCGGUUCGAAACCCAUGUUGAACUGGUGCACGCAGAUUGCAAGAGGAAUGGCAUAUCUCGAAGAAAAACGGUUAGUCCAUCGAGACUUGGCGGCAAGAAACGUGCUGGUGCAAAAACCAAGCUGCGUAAAAAUCACCGAUUUCGGACUGGCUAAGCUUCUGGAUUACAACGAGGAAGAAUACAAGGCUGCUGGCGGAAAAAUGCCAAUCAAAUGGCUAGCUUUGGAAUGCAUUCAACACAGAAUUUUCACGCACAAAUCGGAUGUGUGGGCUUUUGGAGUAACUGUUUGGGAGCUUUUAACCUUUGGUGGAAGACCCUACGAUAACGUUCCUGCUAGGGAUGUUCCUGAGCUGCUGGAAAAAGGUGAAAGACUGUCUCAACCAAGCAUUGCAACCAUAGAUGUUUACAUGACGAUGAUCAAAUGCUGGAUGCUAGAUGCGGAAAGUAGGCCCUGCUUCAAGGAACUUGAAGAUGUUUUUUCGAAGAUGUCACUAGAUCCUGGGCGCUACCUGAUUAUACCUGGAGACCGCUACAUGAGACUGCAAGCCGGACUGAGCACUCCUUUGAGCGACGUCGACAUGGUUCGUUCCCUGGCAUCGGAAAAUAUGGAUUCAUCCGAAGCUGAUGAUUACAUGCACCAACCGAAGUCCAGAGUUCCUUUCAACUCUACCGGAACGACUUCAUUGUCCGGGAUGAAUUCGAUAUCGCCCACUCCAGAUAAAUACUGGCAUUCUUCGCAGCCGAUUACUUCAGAUGGAAGUACGAUGUAUCCUAAUUCGCAAAAUCAGUUUAAUCACAAACUACUCAGAUACAACCAAGGAAUGCAUCGACACUUUGAUCCGAGCCUGCAAGGCACCCAAUCCGACAUAUCCUCAAUCAAAUACUGCGGAGAAUCCAUGAAAUUCCGUGAAAAAGAUGUUGGUUCCGACGAAUACGAUUCGGCAGGAAAGGUGCAGCAAGCGCAAGUUGGAACCCUCAAGCUAGAACUGCCGCUUGAUGAUGACGACUACCUUAUGCCCUCGCCUCAACACACUCAAAGUGCUUCCACGUACCUCGACCUCAAGAAUUCCACCGAUCAUCUCGCCAACUUGAAUAUCUUCCAAAACUAUUCCGAGCUGUUUCAAAACAACAUCGAUAACCCCGAGUAUCUGAUGAAUAACGAAUCGGCACCCGAUCAAACAGUUGGUCUACCGGUUGUUGAUCAGUUUGAAGUACCUCCAUCGCCAGGAACAACGGAGGUUCCAACAGGACCAUACUUGCCGCCGAAAAGCAGCGAAGAAGAGAGUGAUCAUGAAUGCUACAAUGAUUUUGACCGAUUAAGGCGCGAAUUGCAGCCUUUACAGAAGAACAAAGACGGCUCAAUUGUUUAAAUUGAAAACUCGAGGUGAGAUUGGGUAAAGGUUUAUGUGAAACGCCAUUCAAAGGGACUUUUAAUAAACGCUAAAGCAGUAGCUGUUCUAGCUGAAGGAAGUUUUACCUUUAAAACUGAUACGACAAUGUACAAACGCAACGUGGCCUUAUGUACUUUUGUGCUUUAAAGGCUGUGCAAGAAAAAAAUGCCAUUGCUUCUUUUUUAUGAAGAAAGACAAUGGUGGGAUUGUUUUCUGCGAAUUUUAUAACGUUUUAACAGUACUUUUAAAGUGGAAAUACAUGAAGCCAUUCGGUUUACAAAUUCCAGUAUAAAUGAAGAUACUUAAUUAGUGUUUAGAGUCUGACUGUAAGCAGUAGUGUCAAUAAUUGACAAUAACUAUACGGUGCCAUUUUGUUUUUGAAAAUGGCCUUUUGUACAUUCUUAAAAAAAAUUAUUGUACAUAGUUUCAUGUAUAUUUAAGGGUGGUGUAUGAAAAACAAGGACUCAAUAAUGGAUUUGCCCCGCCAAUUAUUGAUCAAAAUAAAUUCCAAAAUUUUGCCAACAAUUUUGUAAAUUUUUAUCAAAGUUCUUUGAUUUUCCAAAUUCCAUUAAAUUAUUUCUUCAUUUCAACUGAUUUUUGACGAAAAUACAAAUCAUGCUUAAUUAUAAUUAAUCUCAAUUUAAUACAAUUUUCUACAUUCAGAACAUUAAGAACUCGAAUAGCACGCAAAUAGAGCGAAUGUGAUUCUCAUUCUGCGCGAUAUUGAGUUUUGAAUUGCAAAAUUUCAACUAGAAAAGAUAAUUUAAAACUGAAAUGAAUGGCGAAAUAAUCGGUUGUUGAAUCCGGAUCAAUAAUAUUCUAAAGACUUGGUUAUCUAAUUUGGUCCUGAAUAGGCAUCAUUGAUUGAAAAUCGUACCAAGCCGGGUCUUCAAACUAUUUUGGGCGAGUUAUUAGGAAAAUAACUGAGCCAAUCCUAAAUAUUCUUGCCCAAGUUCGUAUCUGUGAUAAUACUUUAUUGUAUGUUAUAAGCAGCAAUAACUGAGUAAAAAUGGAUUUAAUUUUUAGUUGAUUCGUUUUAAGGUUUUUAUCAUUAGUUGCAUAGAACUAAUCUCAUUUUGAAAAAUCUCAUUCCCGUUAGUACCUAAAUAUUCGAUAUUGUUCAAUAACCGUCAAUCAAUUAAAUUUUCGCUCUGUAGAACACUAUCGAAAAAUUGACCAAUUUCUUUCUGAUAUGUUUAAAGGAAAUUUAACAGAUGGAUUUAGAAGAAAAUCGUGCAGCAAUAACACACCGAAUAAAAAAAAUUGUCGAAUAUUUUUUUAAAAUUGUACUGUUAAUAUUUGUUUGUUAAUUGCACUAAACUCUGUGCCAUUAUUGUAUAUGAAAAAAGUGCCUUUAUUAUUGUAUAUUGACUAUUUUCACUGAUUGAAUACCUUUAUACAGUUUUUAAUAAAAAUAUAUUUAAUAAAAUA